GUGCUACUUUCCACUGUUGUUAUGAAGUUAAAAGUUUAAAACUUGUCUUUUUAGCUGCAUAAAAUCCGACUUGGAUAUCAUAUAAAUUUGCAGAUGUGAAUUGAUUCUCUAUGGGCGCAUCGAUGGGGACAAUUGUUUAUUGUUGUAUGAGUUUGCUGCUCGAAAUGAUCUGGAACGAUUACGAGAGGAAACCGGGAGAGUUGUAAAAGUACGAUGGAAGCAGUUUGAAGACGAUUUUGCUAAUUUACCCGCCCCAAUACUAUAUCGUCUCGUCAAUAGAUUUGUUGACGUAAAUUUUGAGUUGCCUCAGUUGUGCAAUGAAGAAGUGGAGAAUACUUAUCCAUUGGAAUUGGCGCUGACGCUAAAUCAGGAAGAGAUUGCCUCCGCUUUGGUUGACCACCAUGCUAAUGUGAAUAUUGUCGAUGCAAAUGGAGAAACGCUGCUGAUGAGACUACUCAGAAAAAACCGUGUUGAUGCAUUAAAUUUUUUGCUGCAAAAUGGCGCUGAGAUCAAUCAUCGUGUCCAGAAAACCGGCAAAAAUCUGUUGCAUAUAGCAGCUUCCACUAAAUGUUCCAAAGAAUUACUGGAUUGGACUCCGCUAUUGUAUGCUGUUGAGCUGGAAAAUGUUGAUGUUGUUCAGUUAUUUCUGAAAAAUUCAUUGAUCGAUGUUAACAUAACAGAUCAAAAAGGACGUUCACCGAUUUCAUGUGCUCUUUUUGAAGUUAAAAAUAUGGCAAUCGCUGAAAUGAUUGCAGCAACAGCUGGAGCUGAUCUGGAUAUCAAAUAUGCUGGUACUUACUUGAUUCAUUAUGCAGUAAAAAUCGGAAGUUUGGAUGCAGUCCGAUUACUGUGUGAAAAAAGGGCGGAUGUGAACAAGAAGACGUCUGAGGGAUUAGUGCCAUUGCAAUUGGCGAUCGAUUCGGAGCAUUUCGAUGCCCGUUUGGUCCGGCUGCUAGUAGAUGCUGGUGCAAGCGUUUCACAGAAAAUUUCGAAUUCCAAUAUUACGCUGCUUCAACACUUAUUUUUAGAUGAAAUUUUGGCAACAAUGCAUGCAACAAGCGGGAGCUGCACGCCUUUCUCAGAAGCGGUUCUGCUGGGAAAGUUCCAAUGCGCUGAGCUGCUUCUUCGAGUCGGAGCCGAUGUAAACGAAUGUGAUCCCAACGGUAAGUCUCUGCUGAUGCGAGCCGUAAGUGCUGGACUGGAUGAUGCGGCUGUAUUUCUUCUGGAUCAUGGUGCGAAUCUUUCAGAAAAGUCAGUUUUGAAAUGUCACAUUCUUCUGUUCUAUUGUUCGUUUGAAGUGGCCAGAAUAUUGGUGGAAAAUGGUUGCGAUCUGGAUGCUUGUUCCGAUGAUCCUGGAUGCCGGACAUUGCUUCACAAGGCAAUACGUCUCGGUUUACGCGAUGCGGCGAUUUUUUUGAUUGAAAAGGGUUGUGAUAUUGAUGCUCCGGUACAAGACUGUGAUAAUCAGAGCAGCGGUGAUACACCACUGUUAGCGUGUAUUCGUUCUGGCUUUUACGAUGUUGCACGAUGCUUGGUUGAGCGUGGUGCUCGACUCGAUAAACAGAUGCAAAAUAGCGCAAUUCUGAAUGUGAUUUUGAGCAACUGUAAUCCAUCACUUCUUUUGGUUGUCGAUCGUAACGGAAAUACGCCGUUACAUCUAGCGUGGAUGGCAAAAAACUACCCAAUUGCUGACGCUCUGAUCAAAAAAGCGCCGGACUUAGUUACACAGUUUGACAGGGACGGUGAUACGCUGUUGCAUAAGGCCGUAAAAACAGCUGAUCUGGAAUGGAUACUUUUCCUGAUAAGUGCUAAUUCCGAUGUUAACAGUCCAACACGCAAUCCAUCUCAUCUCACUGCUUUGCAUAUUAGCGCACAAAGUGGCAGUGAAAUUAUCAUGCGCAAUUUGGUUGGUUUGAAGAUUUUUUUCAUGGCUUUUCUUAUGACCAGAAAAGUUAUGGGCGUCUCUAUUUAG